AUGGCGCGUCAACGCGGCGUCGAUCGACGAGACGGCGUCCUCGCAUUUGUCAUCGCCGCGCUCGCUAUCAUCCACACGCGCAUCGUCACGAAACUUCGCAAUGCGCUCGAUGAACAUGAGCGAGAGAAGCGACGGCUCCAGAGCAUCCUGCGCGUGCGGGACGCGCCGCGCGCGCACGGUGACGGCCUGUUCGAACCAAUAGGUGUCGCGCGAUCGUCGUUCAGUCGACGAAACGGGACGCCACGCCAAGGCGGGGCUUUGGUUCCGCUCGCGAGGUGUGAGAUCAAGCUCGAGGCGAAGCUCCCGCGAGCGCUCUUGGAGGGCCUGGAGGAGUACUCGCACGCGUGGGUGAUUUACGUCUUUCACGCCAACACGAAUCUGACGGGAACGAGAGCAGGAGGGGCGGCAAAGGGGAAGGUUUCGGUGCCACGACUCGACGGUGGACGCGUCGGGGCGCUGGCGACGCGAACGCCGCACAGGCCGGUGCCGGUGGGACUUUCGGUGGGAACUGUUGAGCGUGUGGACACCGAGCGAGGCGUCGUGGUUUUGGGGGGGAUGGAUUUGGUCGAUGGCACGCCCGUUUUGGAUAUUAAGCCGUACGUGCCAUUUUGCGAUUCUAUCGACGGUGCGAAGGCGCCGAACUGGGUCGGGAGGGAGGCGGUUGGAAAGGAUGAGCCGCUGAAAAUUGAGCGCGUUGAUUUCGCCGAGCGGGCAUCCGCGCCGCUCUCAAGCUCGUUCGUUCGGAGCUCGUCGGCAAAAGCUUUAUAUUCGGGGGUCGAUGCGUUCAAAUCAUUCGUCAAGGAGGUAUUGUCGUACGACAUUCGAUCGAUUCGCGAGCGCAACGCGCCGCCAGAGAAGCGAAAAUUCGAUACGUAUCGAGUCAUCCUCUGCGAUGUCGAGGUCGAGUAUACAAUCACCGAUCGCGUGGUUGAGGUCAUAGGCGCCACGGCUAUUCCUCAUGAAGUUUUCGACGAUUUCGAACGCGCGAAAGCCGAGAUUGAGGCGCGAGAGGCGCUUGGUGAGCUUCCGAAGAGAAGGGCAGCAAAGUAG